GCGGCCUUGCUAAGUCGACCAAAGUCAUACUCCGUUUCGUGUCCGCUUCGUUUUAAUCACUCGCAACGGAUUUGCGUGACUGAUCAAUUCCGAAUGAAAUAAUCGCAGAGUGAUUUUCUGUGGGAACGACGAAUCGACUCUUCGUCUGUCUUACAUUCAUCGAGCUCGACGAGCUCGUCAUUGACUAGCUCCUUGGCACAUAGUACCUCUGGCCAACAUGGCGGCGACGUUAGGUCGAAUUUGUAAAUCAGGCCUUUUAAAACCAAAUUAUGGCACGCUGAUCGGCCAGGCCAGCAAUUUCUCCACGGUGAAAGAUUGGUCGAGAGGACGAAAAGUGUUAUUAACAUGUUUAGGAGUGACAGCUGGUGGCAUCAGUGCCCUCAUCUACACGUUAGAUAAUUCUGUAAGAGCUAGCGACCUAAUAGCUCAUGCACCAACAUACAAAUGGGACUUUUAUGGGUGGUUCAACUCAUUAGAUCAUGCCAGUAUGCGACGAGGAUGGGAGGUAUACAAGAACGUAUGUGCAGCUUGUCACAGUUUGCAAUAUGUGGCGUAUCGUCAUCUUGUCAAUAACACGCACACUGAAGCGGAAGCAAAAGCUCUCGCGGAAGAGAUCAUGGUCGAUGAUGGCCCUGACGAUGUCGGAGAAUAUUUCAAGCGUCCAGGAAAACUGUCCGAUUACGUGCCAUCCCCAUAUCCGAAUGAAGAAGCUGCCAGAGCAGCGAACAAUGGUGCUUAUCCACCUGACUUGUCUUAUAUGAUUAACGCCAGGCAUAAUGGAGAGAACUAUGUAUUCUCUUUACUGACGGGAUAUUUCGAUGCACCAGCUGGCAUACAUUUAAGAGAAGGACAAUAUUUUAAUCCUUAUUUCCCAGGUGGUGCUAUUAGUAUGGCACAGGCUAUUUAUGAUGAAGUUUUAGAGUACGAAGAUGGUACUCCUGCAACUGCCUCUCAAGUAACAAAAGAUAUUACCACAUUCCUUAUGUGGACUUCGAAUCACGAGUUUGAUGACAGAAAACAAAUGUUUAUCAAGGGAAUGGGAAUUAUGUUAAUUCUCACUGCUGCUUCAUAUUAUUACAAGAGACACAAAUGGUCUACCAUAAAAAGCACGAAAUUAAUGUUCUAUCCUAAAAAGUAGUGAAUUUCCUGCACGUGAGUUCAUCGAACCGUUAACCAAUGGAUACUCGACGAUGUUACCGUGCUGGUUAUCGGGAUGUAGUUUCGCAAUUUAAACAAUGUAUCCGACAAGUUGUGACUUUUUUGCGAAGAUCCAAACUUAUUCAUAGCAUUUGGCGAUCCAGUCAUUUUGUCAUAAAUACCAAGUCUAUUAAAUUGUACAUUGUACAUAGUUAUGCCGAAUGGAGUCAUCGUCUGAUUUAAAUAAAUUGUUAAACAUAUGGAA